UCCUCACCUUGUCCAACAGGAGACGGUUGCCGAACUCAUGUGGGCCAAACGACCAAACCCAGACUAUGACCUGGUUUGUGGGGUAGCCUAUACGGGGUUACCCAUCGCAACCGUCAUUUCCACCAAACAGGAACUUCCGAUGCUGAUUCGGCGCAAGGAGAGCAAAGGCUACGGAACCAAGAAGCUGGUGGAAGGAAAUUACGAAGAAGGCCAGAACUGCCUCAUGAUUGAGGAUGUUAUCGUGUCCGGUAGUUCAGUGUAUGAGACCCUAGAGACCCUGAAGGAACUGAAUUUGAAAGUGGACGAUGCCAUUGUUUUCCUCGACCGGGAGCAAGGAGGAGCAGCAAACUUGACUUCCAUGGGGAUCAAUGUCAUCUCCGUUGUUACCAUGACCCAGAUGAUGGCAAUCCUUCUGAAACAUGGGUGCAUCAACCAAGCGACUUCAGAAUCAGUCUUGGAAUUCGUUGAGUCACACAAUGAUACGUCGAUCGUCACAAAGGAGAAAUCAUCUUGUAAAAACGGAAUCGAUGUCAUGGACCGCAAGAAGAGAUCCUUUGAGUCACGCACCAGCGUCACCAACCACCCCCUGGCUAGGAAGCUCUUCGAGAUCAUGUCGACCAAGAAGACUAACCUCUGUGUCGCUGCCGAUGUCACCACCUCCGAGGAAUUGAUAUCCCUGGCAGAGAAGGUCGGUCCUCACAUAUGCCUGCUCAAGACCCACAUCGACAUCUUGACAGACUUCACCAAGGAAACGGUCGAAAGCUUAAAGGAACUCGCAGCAACGCACAACUUCAUGCUUUUUGAAGACAGGAAGUUUGGAGAUAUCGGCAGCACAGUAGCCAGUCAGUACUCGGGAGGCGCCUAUAACAUUGUUGAUUGGGCUGAGCUUGUUACAGUACAUGGCCUGCCUGGUGACGGCAUUAUCAAAGGGUUGAUGUCGGCUAUAAAUGGUCGACCUCGGGGUUGUGUUCUUGUCUCUGAGAUGAGUUCGUCAGGAGCUCUCACAUCGCAGGAGUACGUCAGUGGCUGCUGCAAGAUGGCCGAGAACCACACCUACUUCGUGAUUGGCUUUGUGUCCCAGAGCAAUGUAAGCAGCGACCCACGCUUCAUCCUCCUCACGCCUGGGGUUCAGCUUGACAAGUCUGUGGAUGGGCUUGGACAACAGUACGUGACUCCCCGCGCGGCCGUCCUGGAGCGAGGGGCCGACAUCGUCAUCGUGGGCCGAGGCAUCCGAGAGGCAGAGGACCCGGAAGCAGCGGCAAUAAAGUACAAAGAGGAGGCUUUUUCAGCAUACUUGGAGCGCAUCGAGGCCCAGUGAAGAGCUGUGGGGGGAAUCUCACGCAGGAGUUUUUCCGAGGACAUGCCCCCUGUGUUCUGGGCGGCCUGAAGUAAUAGCAAUAGCAGGGUCACAGAUUUAUUAAUAGAUGACAGGUGUUUUUUUGUUAUAGAAAAAGAGAGAACUAUUUAUAUAUGAGCAUUCUAGAGAGGAUUUUUUGUUUUUUAUAACAUUGCUGUUAUAUUUUAGGGAAUUUUCUUUUCCUUGACAAGAGAAAAAACAAAUGAAGAUCAUACAAUUGUAUCAUUUGCUGUAUCAUGAAUUCUUUGUUAUUAUUUCACUAUUCUGCUGUAUCCAUAUAUUUUGGAAUAUUUUAAUGCAAAUUAUGGUGACUUGUUAAUUUCAUUUCAUUUUUUUACGAUUUUUUUUUUAUGUUCAAGUUUGUAACAUUCCAUAGGUAAUUAUGUAUAUUGUAUUUUAGUUUUGUUAUGUUUUGUUUUGUUAUGAGGUCCUACAUUGUUGGCAUUUAUGCAUUUUGAAACAGAAAUAUGGUGAAAUAACAUACCUUCAGAUGAAGUUAAUAAUUUGUAAAAAUAUAAUAAAUAAACUAAUUUCUCAGAAUUACAAUUAA